AUGACCGACGCAGCAAAGAGCGGUCGCCCAGGCAACCUCGACGCCUCGCAGCAGGAAGCGCUCGAUACCUUCCGCGCCAACAUCCAGCAGAAGGGCAUCUUCAACCCGGAACGACACGAUGAUGCUUGCCUCUGCCGCUUCUUGCGCGCCCGCAAGUGGGAUCUCGCUCUGACCGAGGCUAUGUUCACCGAGGCUGAAAAGUGGAGGACCGAGUUCAACGUCGAGGAGCUCUACCACUCUUUCGAGUACCCCGAGAAGGAGAAGGUCGACCAGUACUACCCUCAGUACUACCACAAGACCGACAAGGACGGUCGACCCAUCUACAUUGAGCAGCUUGGCAAGCUUGACCUCAAAGCCCUCUACCAAGUCACCACCCCCGAACGCCAGAUCCAGAAGCUCGUUGUCGAAUACGAAAAGUUCCAGCGCGAACGCCUUCCCGUGUGCUCGACUCACCGAGGCGAACUCGUCGAGACUUCCUGCACCAUCAUGGACCUGAAGAACGUCGGCAUCUCCCAAUUCUGGAAAGUGUCGGGCUACGUUCAGCAAGCCUCCAACAUCGGUCAGCAUUACUACCCGGAGACCAUGGGUAAAUUCUACAUCAUCAACUCUCCUUACAUCUUUACCACCGUCUGGUCGGUCAUCAAGGGCUGGCUCGACCCUGUCACCGUCGAAAAGAUCAAGAUCCUCGGUCACAAGUAUCAAGACGAGCUUCUCCAGCAGAUUCCUGCCGAAAAUCUGCCUGUCGAGCUUGGCGGCAAGUGCCAGUGUCCGGGUGGUUGCUCGCUCUCUGAUGCCGGGCCCUGGAACACUGACGAAGGUCGCCAGAUCAUCGAGAAAGUCCGGGCGGAAGAGAAGCAGAAGAGGGAACAGCACGAACGUGAUGGAACCGCUGGCGCCCCAGCCGCUGCUCCUGUCGCUGCUGGUAACGGUACCACCACCGCUUAG